AUGAUGAAUGAUGAGAAGUUGAAGUAAAAAACGUGAACACCGACCGACCCAUGAGGGCAGGAGUGGGUGAUUGCUGCAAUUUCCCACUGAUUUGUUUCAUCUGUAUUACUAUUUAAUUAUUAAUAUCUGUUGAAGUUGUAUACGUUUUCAAUGACUGUGAUGUGCGGUGGAUGAUGAUUUGAAUAGUGCUAUUCAUCCAAUGCAAGCAAGUCUUUGUUUUCUUCCUAACACAAAAGCAGAUCAUCAUCAUCAUGAUAUAUUCAUGAAACCAGAUCAAAUUCCUGCUAUAUCUAACUAUGUAAUCAGUUACUCCUCCUCCUCUUCCUGGACGUCGCAAUCAACGUACAGGACGACGACGAUAACAACUGAGAGAGAUAAGUAAUCAUCACUUUUGUUUGUCUCCUCUUCCUUAUUCAUCUUCUAAUGCUCUGAGAGUACACGAUCGGAGAAAAUUGAUUCGAAGAAAUCUCGUAAGGUUUAUAAUACUAGCUAGGAGGAGAGUAAAUGGCAACAAUAUUAGAGGCUUCAAACAGUAUGAUUCCUGCAGGAGGAAAACAUUGUUAUACGGUUUGGCAAACUUUGUUUGAGAUUGACACUAAAUACGUUAUAGUUAAGCCUAUAGGUAGAGGAUCGUAUGGAGUUGUGUGUUCUUCAAUCAAUAGAGAGACGAAUGAGAACGUCGCAAUCAAGAAGAUCAUCAAUGUGUUUGGGAACUGUAUUGAUGCUUUGCGGACACUUAGGGAAUUGAUGAUUCUUCGAGUUAUUAAACACGAGAAUGUGAUAUCGUUGAAGGAUGUUAUGUUGCCGUCUAAUCCGUCUAUCUUUACUGAUGUUUAUAUGGUUUAUGAGCUUAUGGAUACUGAUCUUCAUCAGAUUAUUAAGUCAUCUCAGCCUUUAUCCAGUGAUCACUGUAAAUUCUUCAUCUUCCAGUUGCUACGUGGAUUGAAAUAUCUCCACUCUGCAAACAUUCUUCAUCGAGAUUUGAAACCAGGGAACCUAUUGGUGAACGCCAAUUGCGAACUGAAGAUAUGUGACUUUGGACUGGCGCGAACAGGCAGAGACGAUGGAAAGUUCAUGACAGAAUACGUUGUCACACGUUGGUACAGGGCGCCUGAACUCCUCCUUUGCUCUGACCAUUACGGAACAUCUAUCGACGUCUGGUCAGUGGGCUGCAUCUUUGCUGAAAUCCUUGGCAGGAAACCGAUAUUCCCAGGAAACGAUUGCCUAAGCCAGCUUAAACUAAUAAUCAGUGUUCUUGGCAGCCAACUGGAAACGGAUCUUGAGUUCAUUGAUAAUCCGAAAGCUAGAAGGUUUAUACAAACACUUCCUUGUACAAGAGGAAUACAUUUAUCUUCUCUUUACCCUCAGGCCGAUCCAUUGGCAAUAGAUUUGCUGCAGAGGAUGCUAGUUUUUGAUCCUUCAAAGAGGAUUACAGUCACAGAGGCUCUCUAUCACCCUUAUCUUUCGGGUCUGUUUGACCCGAACCGGAACCCACCCGCUCAAGUUCAACUGAAUCUUGACAUAGAUGAGAACUUGGGUGAAGCUAGUAUAAGGGAGAGGAUGAUUAGAGAAAUGAAAUAUUAUCAUCCAUCCUCCUGAUUAAGAAAUUUAAUUUUUUUUACUUGAUUGAGAUUGGAACUUAUUGUUUUCAUCUUUAAUUUGCUUUGCAAGUUGUUUUUUCCUAUUAUAAAUGUGUGUUUAUUUAGUAUUGACAAUGUUAUUUUUCAAUAUCCAUAGAGAAUGGAGAAUAGACAAAAUAGCUUAUGA